AUGCCUUACCCUCAACCUCGUCGUCUUCCUCCCGGCUGGAACGCGAAUGCCUUUGAGCAUUUCGUCGAGUCUGUAGUCCCCAUCGUAGGGGCAGAGAACCUCGACAUCAUCUCUGAGGACAAGGAGCUGGCCGACGGAGACUACAUUGACCCAUGCAAGUCCCACGACAUGCACGCUGUCUACGAAAGAGACUUUUUCGUAUCGUGCGCCAUAGUUAAUCCUAGGUCUGUCCCCGAAGUCCAAGAUGUGAUGCGGCUUUGCAACCAACUGCAGAUGCCCGUCUGGCCCUUCUCCAUUGGCCGCAACACGGGGUACGGCGGCGCAGCACCGCGAGUUCCAGGCAGUCUCGGUAUAGAACUCGGAAAGCAUCUGAACAAGGUCCUCGAGGUAAAUGUUGAUGGAGCGUACGCUCUCGUCGAGCCUGGGGUCACAUUUGCUGGUCUUUACGAACAUCUUGUCAAGACUGGCCUCAGCGAACACCUGUGGCUAGAUGUACCUGAUCUUGGAGGCGGCUCAAUUAUUGGUAGUAAUCACGGCUUGCCUACAUAUCACUUCAUGAUGCACUGCGGUAUGGAGGUCAUUCUCCCCGACGGCACCCUCAUCCGCACUGGCAUGGGAGCGCUUCCGGACCCGUCUAGGGGCAACUUAGACCUUCCGCCCCAUGAACAGAAGGCAAAUUCUGCUUGGCAGCUGUUCAACUAUGGAUUCGGCCCUUACAACGACGGAAUCUUUUCCCAGAGUAGCCUUGGCAUCGUUGUCAAAAUGGGAGUGUGGUUGAUGCCGAAUCCUGGAGGAUAUCAAGCAUACAUGAUCACGUUCCCUCGCGAGGAUGACCUGUCAGAAAUUGUCGAUAUUAUAAGACCAUUGCGCCUACAAACGGUCAUUCAAAAUGUACCUACCAUUCGUCAUUUACUUUUGGACGCCGCAGUAGCUGGCAAUAAGGCUUCUUACACGAACAAGACCGAUCCACUAUCCGAUGAAGAUCUCGAUGCAAUAGCAAGCAAACUGGACCUUGGUCGUUGGAAUUUCUACGGCGCUGUAUAUCGCAGAUUCGCAGAGGCUGGGCUCGACUUCAUUGGCACCUUCACCAUUGGUAUGCGUGAAAUGCACCACAUUGUGUGCAUUGUCUUCAACCGCGAAGACCCUCAGCAGCGCUUAAAGGCACGAUGGUUGAUCCGGCAACUGAUUCAGGACUGUGCGGAACGUGGUUGGGGCGAGUACAGAACACAUCUAGCGUUGAUGGACCAGAUCGCAAAUACGUACAACUUUAACAACAAUGCCCAGGUGAAGCUCAAUGAAACAAUCAAGAAUGCGCUGGAUCCGAACGGCAUUCUUGCUCCUGGGAAAAACGGCAUUUGGCCAAAGAAGUACGACAAACGGGAAUGGGUGCUUCGAGAUGAUGAAGCAGAUAUGUUGUCUAGCGGUAUAUUUCGCGUUAUAAAGAGUCACUUGUAGUAAUGCCACAUUCGCAGUCAGUUACUGCUAGGUAUCAUUUGAGCCACAGAUGACCACAUCCGUUGACUUCAUCUCGUGGACGUCGUGGAGAGGCCGACGGCUCCGAGCCCGCAACCGGCU